UCCACAUACUUUUGGCCAUAUAGUGCAUCAUAAUUCCAGAUUAUUUGACCAAAUAAAAUGUUAUUCUAGUGAAAAGAUCAAGACCAUGCUGCUGCCUGUAGAUGUCGCUGUUGAGUAUCGCAGCAGACCUCGGGGUUGGAUUGAUGAGAGCGCGCACCAGUGCGUGUGCGUGUGCGCGCAAGUGUGUAUCCAUCUCGACCCGCACAGCCUUCAACCUGAAUCAUAGCAGAAGGGGGGAAAAUGGACGGAGUGGGGUCUUUCGGCGCUGGAAGAGCUGGGGCUGAAUUCGACCCCGUCUCUUUUAUACAACAACCGCAGACCAUUCUUAGGAUAUUAGCAUGGAUUUUCUCAAUGGUGGUAUUUGGCUCCAUAAUAAACGAAGGCUACGUUAACAUCGGAAGUGAGACUCUCCAUUGUGUUUUCAACAAGAACAAUGAUGCCUGCAAUUACGGUGUCACCAUUGGGCUCAUAGCCUUUUUGGCAUGCAUCUUCUUCUUUGUCCUUGAAAUGAAGUUCCAACAAAUCAGCAGUGUUAAAGACAGGAAGAAGGCAGUCUUGCUGGAGAUUGCAUUUUCAGGUUUGUGGACAUUCCUGUGGUUUGUUGGUUUCUGUUUCUUGGCUAACCAGUGGCAGCGCACCACGCCAGACAAGCUGCCACUGAACCAGGGAGCUGAUGCAGCCAGAGCUGCCAUAGCUUUCUCCUUCUUCUCCAUCUUCACCUGGGCUGGUCUGACUGUGAGGGCUGUGCAGAAGUAUCUUCUAGGGACAGACAUGUCCCUCUUCACCACAGAACAUCUGGAUGGCAACCAACCUAUCCAGCCUUACCCCACUGUGCCUGGCACAGAGACCACUGAUGACUACCAGAGCCCACCUUUCGUUGAGAAACCAGACUCCAACGCCCCGACUUACCAGGUGCCAAUUUACUAG